AUGACCAAAGAGGAGGAAAUCCCCGACUGGGUGGGAGCCAAGGAGUUCUACGACAAGUAUGAGCCCAAGGAGAUUCUGGGCAGGGGAGUGAGCAGCGUGGUGCGCCGCUGUGUGGACAAGCGCUCGUCUCAGGAGUACGCGGUAAAGAUCAUCGACAUCACCCCCUCCGACAAGAUGAGUCCGGAGGAGAUCGAGGAGAUACGGCAAGCCACGGUGAAGGAGAUCGACAUCCUCAAGAAGGUCUACGGACAGAAAAACAUCAUUCAGCUCAAGGACUGCUAUGAGUCCAAAGCCUUCUUCUUCCUGGUCUUUGACUUAAUGAAGCGGGGGGAGCUUUUCGACUACCUCACUGAGAAAGUCACGCUGAGUGAGAAGGAGACCAGAAAGAUCAUGCGCGCUCUGCUGGAGGUGGUCCAGUAUCUUCACGCCCAAAACAUAGUCCACCGGGACCUGAAGCCUGAAAACAUCCUUUUGGAUGACGACAUGAAAAUCAAGCUCACCGACUUUGGCUUCGCGGUGCAAAUCCAGCCGGGAGAGACGCUCAACGAGGUGUUCGGGACCCCUGGAUACCUCGCUCCUGAGAUCAUCGAGUGCUCCAUGGACGCAGGACACCCGGGAUACGGUACAGCUGUGGACAUAUGGAGCUCAGGCGUCAUCAUGUACACGCUGCUGGCGGGCUCUCCGCCCUUCUGGCACCGGAAACAGAUGCUGAUGCUGCGCAUGAUCCUGGCGGGGAAGUACGACUUCUCAUCUCCAGAGUGGGAGGACCGCUCAGACACCGUCAAGGAUUUGAUCUCUCGGAUGUUGGUGGUGGAUCCCAAGAAGCGUUUCACGGCGACAGAAGUUCUCAACCACUCCUUCUUCUCCCAGUACAAAGUGAACGAAGUGCGAAAGUUCAGUCCCUACAGGCGGUUCAAGGUUAUCUGUAUGACUGUGCUCGCUACCAUGCGCAUCUACUGCAACUACCGGCGUGCCAAGCCCGUCACCAAAGAGGUGAUCGGCAGCGACCCGUACGCGGUCAAGCCCAUCCGCAAGCUCAUAGACGCCUGCGCUUUCAAGAUCUACGGCCACUGGGUCAAGAAGGGCCAAACUCAGAACAGAGCUGCACUUUUCGAGAACUCUCCAAAGGCCAUCCUGCUGGCCAUCGCCUCCGAGGCCGACGAGCAGGGCCAACCAGGCUGGUAA